CGAGCGGUGCCAGACGAAGCGCACCUUGCAGUGGCACGCCCUGUGGACCGCUGCGUGGGGAAGAGCUGCUGCGGAGCUGCUGUUCUUUCAGGCCCUGGGCUCCGGAACGACCCCUUACUCCCUGCUUCCUUCAGCUGUCCGCUGCGGUCCCCAAGAGCACCGCAGCCAUGGGCAUCCGAGGCAUGCUGCGAGCCGCUGCGCUCCUGCUGCUCAUUAGGACUUGGCUGGCAGAGAGUAACGACCCCAGUCCCACCCCAAAAUUCCACUUCGAGCUCUCCUCCAGCAUGCCUGAAGUCAUCCUGGAUCUCUUCAACUGCAAAAAUUGUGCAAAUGAAGCUGUUGUUCAAAAGAUUUUGGACAGGGUCCUGUCAACAUAUGAUGUCCGACUGAGACCAAAUUUUGGAGGAGCACCUGUGCCUGUGUCAAUAUCUAUCUAUGUCUCCAGUAUUGAACAGAUCUCAGAAAUAAACAUGGACUAUACCAUCACAAUGUUUCUGCAUCAGACUUGGAAGGACACGCGCUUAGCUUACUAUGAGACCAACCUGAACCUGACUCUGGACUAUCGGAUGCAUGAGAAGCUCUGGGUCCCUGACUGCUACUUUGUGAAUAGCAAAGAUGCCUUUGUGCAUGAUGUAACUGCGGAGAAUCGUGUAUUUCAACUUCACCCAGAUGGGACAGUGCAAUAUGGCAUCCGACUUACCACAACAGCAGCCUGUUCCCUGGAUCUGCAAAAAUUCCCUAUGGACAAACAAUCCUGCAAGCUGGAGGUGGAGAGCUAUGGCUACACUGUCGAAGACAUUGUGUUAUCCUGGGAAGAUGAUAAUGCCAUCCACAUUACUGACGAGCUACACAUCCCUCAGUACACCUACCUGGGGAGGACAAUUACCAGCAAGGAGGUGUACUUCUACACAGGCUCCUACAUGCGCCUGAUAGUGAAGUUCCAGGUUCAGAGGGAAGUCCGCAGUUACCUUGUGCAGGUCUAUUGGCCCACAGUCCUCACCACCAUUCUCUCCUGGAUAUCAUUUUGGAUGAACUAUGGUUCCUCUGCAGCCAGGGUAACUAUUGGACUAACUUCAAUCCUUGUCCUGACUACCAUCGACUCACAUAUGCGGGAUAAACUCCCCCAUAUUUCCUGUAUCAAAGCCAUUGACAUCUACAUCCUUGUGUGCCUGUUCUUCGUUUUCCUGUCCCUGCUGGAGUAUGUCUACAUCAACUACCUUUUCUUCAGCCAAGCACCUCGGCGUAAUCACAGGAGAUGCAGGAAACCCAGGAGAGUUGUUGCCCGAUACCGCUACCAAGAAGUGGUGGUAGCAAAUGUGCAGGAUGGCCUGAUAAAUGUGGAAGACAGAGUGGAAGACAGAGCUGGUCCCCUUCCUGACAGCCCCAUGCAGGCUCAUCUGGCAAGCCAGGAAAGUCUAGGAUCUUUGAUGUUCACUUCAGAGGAGGCUCAACUGGCUACUUCAGAAAGCCUCAGCCUACUCUCGUCUGCCUCAAGCCAGGUCCAAUUGGCCACUGGAGAAAGCCUGGGUGAUCUGCCCUCCACCUCUGAGCAAACACUGCCUGACUAUACCAUUCACUUUCAUGGUUUUCUCACUAAUGACAGUAUUCUCCCCAUCAAAAUCCGCAGCCAUUCUGAUGCCCUGGGUGAUGAAGACUCCGAAGAAAGCCUAAGCUCUGAGGAGAGCUAUGGCCAUGGAGGCAGCCCCACUGGAAGGCUCAAGCUCCAGAUUAGCCAGAGGUGUGUGCAAGAAGCAAGUUGGGACAUUGAUAAGAUUGAGAGCUUACAGGAUGACAUCAGUAUCAAGAGCAGCUGGCUUGGCCUUGAUGAACAACGCAAAGGGGAUGCUGACAGUAUCUGGAGCCUUACUGAUGAGGAGCUCAUGGCCUGUGACCAAGAGAAGGACAGUAGCAGUAGCUCAGAGUCUGAGGAGAGUUGCUCCCCAAGCCCUGGGUGCUCCUUCAAUGAAGGGUUCUCUUUUCAGCUCUUUAACCCUAACCGGGUCCCUAAGGUUGACAGGUGGUCCCGUUUCCUCUUCCCUCUUUCCUUUGGGUUGUUCAAUGUGGUUUACUGGUUAUACCACAUCUAUUAGUUUCUCAUACACCACAGCAGCAGGGAUAUGAUGAUGUGUUUCCUUUGUGUUCAUUCAGUUUUAUUUUUCCCUCUUCCCCUUUUUCAUUUUAUCUGGCAAAGUUUCUUUUUUUGGUUUGGGGAUGGGGUUGUUUUGUUUGGAAGGGUCAAUCAAAUCCAUUGGGCACUUUUCUUUAUUAUGAGGUGGGGAGGAGAUAGAGAAAACAUGUAACCAGAGAAGAAAGAGUGAGGAAGACUUGGAGAUAAAUUGCACAUUGAUUUCCUCCUACCAGAAAAUUCUCACCUUUCACUUUAAACAGUCCAUCCACCUAGAAAUGCCUAUGGAAGUAUUUAGAGGAAAGAGAAGACCCAUGCUGAGGAAUGAGGAUAAUCUGGUUCACAAAUAUUCCUGGGACUUUCAUUUUUUAGUCCCCUCAAAAUGUUGAAAUUGCUUUUGCAUCACUUUUUCCUUCCUCCUGGGUGCCAUGCACCCUGUCUGUCUGCAUGGGGAGAAGAAGUCAAACCAAGUUGGCCUGGGGUAUGCAGAGGAGGGGCUAGGCAUGGCUUGGCUAUUCUGACAAAGUUGGGAAUUAUUUGUAAGUACUUUGUACUUUGAGUGUAGAGUUGUGAUACAGAAGUGGGAAGGGCAGCUGGGUAGGAAGGACUGCCAACGAGAUAUAGCAGAGUGAGUGAGAAAGCAUGCUUUCCAGCAGGGGUAUGCAUGACAGGGGGAAGAUUGUCAGCUGAAGUCUGCACAUGUUCAGCUAUUCCCUUUUAAGUUACUAGACCUUCCCUUGUCCAUAUUUCCCCUUCACGUUGCCUGACAGUAGGGACUUAGUACUUCUGUUCAAUUAUGAGUUAGGUUUCUAUCAAUUGCUGGGUUGAUUACUAGUUACAGUAGACACACAACUUGGUGAGUAAGCAUUAGUUGAGAAAGUUCAGAUUUGCUAUUCCACCAUCGGCCUAGAAUAGCAUAUGAACAACUACUGUGAAUCUAUAUACUAAUCCUUUCUGUUUGUCUAGUGCAUAGUAAGUGUCAACGAGGUCCCUGACCCAUCACAUCGUUGGAUCCUCACAGGAGCCCUGUGAGCCAGGGAAGAAAAGACACCUUGUCCCCAGUGUUCCAAGGACAAUGUGGAGCUUGUGUGCCAUGCUUAAAGAUGCUUGUUCUUUCUCCUUAUCUGCCUAACUCUCAACUAGCUGCCCAUUCCCUGUGCUCAAAGGGGCACCCCUACAGAAUCUACCUGUUGGUCUGCUAAGCUCACUGGACAGCACCUGGAGCAUCUCUAUAUGAAGAGGCUACUGACCAGCCACUGAACAUGGAGCCCACUCAGCAGGAUUCCUGAUGAGAGUAGGAUGAGCCUGCACACCAACUUUCUAGGAAGCACCAGCUCAUUGAUGGAGGUCAUGAGGGAGCUUUUCCAAGCAUUCAACCUAUAACCCCCUCCCUCUAUAGGCAGCCUCUCCUUCAGCCCACCCACCUCCUUAACUAUACUUCUAUGUGUAUAUAUUUCUGUGUAUCUCUGAGGAUGAGUGUGUAUGUAUCCAGGUAGGUCUAAGUGCUAGCCAUACAACCAUUUGAGACGCUGUACUACUGUCAAUCUACAUUAGUGUAUAUGAGUGCAUAUCUGCGCUGUGUGGGUGAAUAGUAUGUAUGCAUCUGUAUGAGAGUGUCACUUGUGUACUUAUAUUAGCGUAGCUGAAUGCAUUCUGUAUAUAUGCAUGGAAUGUGUCUGUCUGUAUACCUGUGUUUGUCAAACUUAGUUGGUGUAAAAGGACAUACAUCAAAGGGAAACCACAUGUGUUCCCUGUAAGAGGUUUUUGUAGAAACAGCAUGACUCUAGUGACAUGUUUUGGCACAGUGGGGAAAAUCUUAUUUAGCUGGACUGAUUGACUGUUCUCUUCAGUUCUAGAGAGCCAGGGGGACCUACUAGGAAAGUAAAUUUGUAGCUAAUCCUAGGACAGACUCUGCUGCUUGACUAGGCCCCAAAACCUAUCUUGUGUUUGGAGUUCAAAUGUUUCUUUCUUUAACUCAAUUCAGGGAAAGAGUCAGAGAAUUAAAAAUGGAAAGGAGCACCAGGUAUUGAAUAGAUGGUCUCGGUAUUGUCUCUUCUCCAUGCAUAGGCACAAUUCUAGCCUUUUAUACAUACACACAGACACACACCCACUCCAUCACACGUGCACAUAUACAUACCAGGAGCACCCAUGCUCUGAGUUCUAUUUACAGGCAUGUCCAGACAUAUACAUGCACAAGUAAACAUGUACACACACACAUUUUAAAACAACUCAAAACAAGGAAAUUCUACCAAAAUAUCUAUGAUUGUCUAUUUUGUUUUAGGAACCCAGCACAAAGAGCUCCAAAUUAAUGGGAGAGCAGAGAGUUCUCAUCUGGAAUCUGAGCAUUCAUUGGAUGUGUGCUUGUAUUUGGAGACCUUUAACCUUGUAGAGUUGGACACAUCACUGGAGUUACAAAGAGAGAUUACAGUGAUGGGAACAAAGAAACGGCAGAGAGGCCAGUUGUAAAUAUCCACAUAGAUAUAGCAUACCCUAAAAGACUAUUUUGCCCUAAUGUGCUGCAAUGAAAGCAGUUAAACUCUACUGCGAUUCAUACUAUGUGAAGUGACAUGUCAAAGUACCAUGGAGGUCUGGCAAUGACAGCUUUUCAGGAACUUGAAUCUUCUGGUUUUUUCAUGACUAUGGUUUUUCUUACUUGAAAGUUGCCAGAUCUUCCCUUGUAUUCUGUGUGUGGUUCAUCUUUUUCAAGCCCUGUCUCCUGCUGCUCCCAGCCCUUUUCCAGCCAUACAGGCAUACCCUCUCUAUCUGGCUGCCUAUAUCUCCUCUGGAACUUCCUCCUUCACUAAGUAGUUGUGACAGUGCAGAGCAUCUGAACAGUGCUCCUGGGGUUCAACCUGUCUAACAGCUUGGACAGAAGGAAGAGCCUUACUAAGUCUGGGAUGGAACAACCCCACUUUACUACUCUAUUCUGCCUUGCCUUGCCCUCUCCCCUCCCCCUAGAAUUCCUGUCUGAGAAAGACACCAGCUUUCUGUCUUGCCAAUGCAUCAUUUUAUUGUAGAAAUAUGUGGUGUAUUUCCUGCCCAGUUUGGUUUGCAUUGUGGGGUAUCUCUGCACAAUGGGUCUCAAUGGAGUUUGCCCAAUGUAUUCUUACAAUUUGUAUCAUCCUCAUUCAUAGCAAGGUUGCAAACUCUUGAUAUACUUAGAACCAACUUUGGCUGAGAUUGUGACCAUUCCUAAUGAGGUUUCCUUACUCUGUAUAUACAGCAGCAACACUUUCAAGCUAUUAAGUACUGAAGGCAUUCACUAAGCACUCCAUCUGCAUGAUACCCUGUGAUAGCAAGCAGGAACUCUAGCUAUUCUACAACCCAGCAUCUUAAGCAAUUGUAACUUGUCCUACUGAAAGUGCAGUGUGUUUGUGUUUGUUGUAUAGUGUCCUGAGAUUAAUAUGAGUCUACAUUAUCAGUGUUGGGUUUUCAGGGGAGGGAGGGAAUGAUGUUAAAAUAUCGGAUAGUUCAAUAAUGAAAUAGGCCAGCUGGUCAGGGCCAUCCAUGUAGAACUCUGUCAGAAUUUGCACCCACUAUCAUACUAGACUGUGUCCCUGGGAUCAGUAUUCAUUAGCAAAGGUAAAGAUACCAGAAUUUUGCACAGUAAUAGAAAAUGACUUCAGAUAAUUCCAGAGGAUUCUUUCAAUGGUAAUUAAGUCAUUGGCUCCCAUUCUGGGAGCAUAUGAACUAUGAUAAAGUCACAUACAUACAGAUCUUCGGUAGUGGUGUUAGGCCAAGACAGUAAAAGGUAAGAAAAGAGAAUUACCAACAGCCAGGUAACCUAGGUGACCUGACCUGCAAGGGCCACAGUAGCAGAGCCUUACUAGAUAAGUGGGUGCUCACGUUGAACUCAUUAAAUGACAUUCCUGUGAAAAAGGACCUUGACCGGUCCUGACUUCAAGAAAGUGAAACGUGAAAGAGCAUAUGAUUAUGCUUCUGAAAAUGAGGCUUUAAAACAUGUAAAUAGCAAACAGCAAAAUAAAGAUCUAUACUAGCAAA